AUGCUAGGGAAACCCCUCUGGUGUGAUAAGGCUAGUAGACUGGGUAGAAGGCUGGGAUAUCCAAAGGUGCGUGUGGAGGUUGGCCUGAAUUCUCAAUUUCCUGCAUCCCUGACGCUAGUCCCAGACAGAAGAUCUUCCUAUUUUGUUCAUCUUAAGUAUUGUAAUAUGCCUGAGAUCUGUACGAAAUGCUCAAGAUUUGGGCAUAAAUGUCCAGAAACGGAAGCUGAUGUUGUGCAGGCUGAGACUGGUGAGGCCAUUGCUGACAUAGUGCAGGCUGAGGUUGAUGAGGCUGUUGCUGAAGAAGUGCAGACUGAGGUUGUUGAAUCCCUUGAUGAAGUUGGGAACUCUCUGGCGGGCCCUGUCUUAGAGGUUGAGUCAAGAAAGUCUGUGAUAACGAUGUAA